AUGUGGAGUUUUGUUUCAAAUGCCAUUGCAAGGAAGAAAAACUCUAAUGAGCCAAGUACAGCUUGUCUAGGAUUCUCGGAUGAUGAGAUUUGCUCAGAUGCAAGCACUGAGGAAGGUUUGGAAUGCCCUAUAUGCUGGGAAUCGUUUAAUAUUGUUGAGAACGUGCCUUAUGUCUUAUGGUGUGGCCAUACACUCUGCAAAAAUUGUGUCCUAGGGCUUCAGUGUGCUGCUUUGAGAUUCUAUGCUCAACGGGUCCAGAUUCCAUUCUUCAUUUCUUGCCCGUGGUGUCACUUGCUAACGUUGCGAAUGGUUUAUGAGGGAAAUCUCAAGUUUCCUCGCAAGAAUUUCUUCCUUCUCUGGAUGAUUGAGAACUUGAAUGGUGACAGAAUGAAGCCUCAUUCUUCCAUUUGUGGGGAUCAUCAACCAGUUUGGUCUCCAAGGAACACUUCAGCUCUCAGAAAUCACUCUAGCAGCACUAACCACAGGAGGGUUCAUCGUCUUGGACAUUGGGGGUCAAUCAAUAAUGAUCAUGACAGCAUCAGCAAUAACCAUACUCUGGAGAGACCCCAUCUUUCCCUACACAAAUCCCUGCAUCUCUUCCUUCAGUUUACAGCCAAGUUUCCAAUGAUUAUCCUAUUUCUUCUGAUUUUUAUUUUUGCUAUACUUUCCAGUGUUGCCAUCCUAGCCCUGUACCUGCUAAUUACAGUUCUCGUUGCACUGCCAGCUUUCUUGGUAUUGUACUUUGCAUAUCCUUUUUUGAAGUGGCUGGCAAGAGAAAUCACUACAUGA